AUGACCUUAUUUCCGUCUUUUGAAAGUUACGAUUUAUUUAUCGCGCUAAUUUUUGGCAUAACGACCUAUGUAGCGUUCUUCUAUUUCAAGUAUUUUACAAGUUCUCGCAGACUACCCGGACCGAUUCCAUUUCCAAUCAUCGGUAAUUUAGAAACGUAUUAUGUCGACGACAUUAUUAAAGUAGCUGCUGAUAUGCAAUCAAAGUACGGCGAUAUUUGGGAAAUUAGGCAGGGCUCUGAAAGACAUGUAUGGAUAUGUCGUGCGGAUUUUGCCGCCAAAUUGCUGAAUCCGGCGUACACAAACAACAAUUAUCUUUUGCGUACUACCGAGAACGAAGGACUUGAUCUGAUGGAUUUGACCACCAAAGGCAUGAUUUAUAAUCGUGAUAUAGACGGAUGGAUAUCUAAUCGUGAAUUCGUCAGGCAAAUUCUCGUCUCACCUAAAUUUUUGAGACAUGCUACGAACGAAACUACAAAGUUGUUCGCUGAGAUGGAAACAUAUUGGUCAGAACUUGGUCCGGAGACAGAAUUAAAUCUUAUAGAUUGGAUGAUGCGAUUCAUGACGGAUUCUACGUUUAUAACGGUCACAAACGAGCGUGUUUAUGCUCUCGCAAAUUAUUAUAAUAAAAUUCCUAAUUCAAAAGGAGCAAGUCAUCCCGCAGCUCUUUUGCAUGAAUCGGAAAAAUUUGUUAACUGUGUUCGAUCGCAUUUCAUGGCAACGUUAUUCUUUAAGGAUACCAAUAAAUAUUUGUGGAAGCUAUAUCCGCCUUACAGGCGUAAAUCGAAAAAAUUACUAAGUGAUGUCGCUUGGUUGUACGAAAAAGUUCAUGAGAUUAUUAAAGAACGACGAAAAGAGAUUAGGAAUCUAUCACCUGAAGAAUUGAGUGAGGACAUACUAACGUUGAUGUUAGUAUCCAACAAUGGCGUUAACGACGACACUACUAAACAAAUUGCUGAAGAUCAAGUUCAAUCCACCCUGUACGAAGUUAUUGGAGGUGGCAUUGACACGACUUCGAACUCUUUUUGCUAUGUGGUUUAUUAUCUUGCUCAUUAUCCCGAAGUCAAAGAGAAAAUGAUGAAAGAGAUAGAAUCAGUAUUUGAGGACGUCAACGAUCCUAUCACAUAUGAAAAUCUCAAAAAAUUGAACUAUUGCGAAGCUAUUAUCAAAGAAGCAUCUCGCAUAAUGCCAACUGUGUCAGUGUUGUUCAGGGUGAAUGACAAAGCCGACGAUAUUGAAGGUCAUCAUUUCGAUCCUUCCACGUUAUUUAAGAUUUAUGUACAGGGGAUUCAUCUUCACGAGGCAAGAGCGCACUGGAAGAAUCCCAAGGAAUUUGACCCCGAUAGAUUUUUCGGAAGUAAUGCCAAGUCUGUUCAGAGAAAUUCUCUUCUUCCUUUCGGAGGCGGAUCCAGGAUUUGUCCUGGCAAACAACUUUCAAUGUUACAAAUGAAACAAUUAAUGGUAUUGUUGUAUCGGAAAUAUGAUGUUGAAUUGGUUGACAUGGAUGCGCCUAUAAAAUUUGUUUCAUCUGUUGUUAAUCAUUGCGAAGAACUUCCAGUUAGGAUUAGGUUGAAAAAACUAGAGUGA